AUGCAGUCUCAUUCCGAGCCGAUAUUGGUCUUGGACCCGGCCAUGUUGACAGAUGAGGAUCAUGACUCCGACUACGAAUAUGAAUACCACGAGGUCGACACCGAGACCUUCUACCUCAAUCUCGACCUUACCUCCCUUCACGGCCCCAUCCGUCCUCCAAGACGCCGUGAUCCCGCUCCGUCUACUGCUGCAGUUCCAACUACCCUGACGCCGACCGAUGACCAUGGACCAGCCAUUGACAACACCGAGCCUGACAACGUUCCUUCAGAGCGCGUCCAAAUCCUAGGCCUUCACACCUCCAACCCAAUAGUCUCGUAUCAAAACCAAAUCUUCAGUUGCACAUGGGCAGACCAGAUUGGGACAGAGCUGCUCUUCACUCGUCCAGAGACGGGUCACGAACCCGAUCUAGAGUCUGCAUUGCCGCCGAUCCCUUCGUUGAGGAGCAGUAAGGAUUUUGACCUCAUUGCCGCCAACAGCGUCAAAAUUCUCGGUCGCAAAGCGAACCUGAUCUCCAGUUCCGGCUCAGGGUCAGCUCAGGAGCCCUCUAUACAAACAACCGAAACGGCGAACGUGCUUCGCAAGACGGGACCACAGUCGAAUCAAGCUCGAUUCCUGGAACGGCUGAUGCACAUCAAGAGGCAAAGAGGUGAGAGCGACACUGUGCGCACUGUCUUCAGUACGAAACGUACGCAGAAUCUGGAGGAUCGACUACGAGGCUGGGCUCGAACGGAGGAGGAACUUGCAGAGGUCCAGCGGCUUAGCGAAGCUGCGAGUCGAGGAGAUGCCGCGGCAUUGACCGCGUUGGAAGAGCUCUACACCGAAAUUAACGGCCAGAAAUUUGGGCCGGGGAUGUCGGACGAACCGACCCAACCCAGUUGA